GCGGGGAGCGACGCUGCCUGCGCAAACCCGCUGACACGACAGCGGCUGCGUACUUCCACGUGGACCCCGUCAUGAACCCAAAACACUCCGGUCUCCGUGGCAGGGCCCGGGUGCGCGCAUAGCGCCGCCGUUGCGCAGUGCAGACCGCGGUGGUUCGCGCGAGCAGGGCGGUGCGAUCCAGAGGUGUUCUCCAGAUGUGAACCAUACAGCGCAGACCUGCCCGAACAAAAAGCGGUUUUUUUUCUGUCCACAUCUUCUUUGCAGACAGGUGUGUUCAUGGAGUCCCGUCUGGGCAGAUUGGUCCCAUGUGUCCUGUCCCUGUCCCUGUCCCUGUUGAUACACUUGUGCCAGGCUGCACCAGGUGCCCCUGGGACACAAAGGGAGGAAACGGUUGAUGGCCUUGACCCUCCAGUGGCACUAGCCAAUCCCUUUGGCUCCGGAGACCGCAGAUUGCUGCAAAGUUUCAUUCAAUCAAGUCUGAAUGAUGGACAAGGAGGACCAGAAAUCAACACCUGGGAGCAAGAGGUGUUCUUCCUGUUUGGUCUUUAUGACUACGACCGCAGUGGGCUGCUGGACGGCUUGGAGAUGAUGAAGCUGCUCUCAGACUACAACUCCCAUCAUCCACGUGGAGCCAACACCAACAAGCUGGUGGUGUCCAUGGUAGAUUUUUUACUACAGAGUCAAGAUGUCAACCAGGACGGCCUGUUGGCCCCGUCGGAGCUGCUGUCUCCUGCAAUAACGCACCCACAGGACUCCAGCAUCAACAACGCACCUCACCCAGACGUGGCAGCAGAGGGGAAGCUGUCUCACCCCGACCCCGGCGAGGAACAAGCGGGAGCAGCUGCACCCAGAGAGGAGGCGCAUGAGGAGUUGCAGCAUCAAGGUGAAGAGCAGCUGGAGGUUCAGGUGCAAGAAGAUCAAGUUGUGGAUGAACCUCCUGGACAACAAAUGCCAGGACCCCCAGCAGCAGAACACGGACAGGGCCACAAAGUCCCUGUUCAUCAGGGGCAACCAGAAAUGUGAAUGCACACACACGCACGCACACACACACACUGUGCUCCACAUAAUCAUUUACCCCAAUAUGAUGACAGUAGCCACAUCAGACAGACACAAACAGAUAUUGCAAAGGUUUACAAGAUUUGGGGUCUGUUCUUACUGUUUGAAUGUAUUGGCCUAAUAUUCAUUCAUUCAUAUUUGAUUUUAUGAGACUAUUUGAUUACAAAUGUAAUCUAUGAUUACUGUGCACAGUAAUGGGGUCUUCCUCAUGUAUUAUCUAAGGGAAAUCAGUCAAACCUCAAAUCAAAUCAAUUUGAGUAAAAUUAGGUUAAUUAAAAAAAAGAAACAUUAUUGCAUUAUCAGCAAAGCCUUUAUUUCUUUUGAUGCACUUGUUUAAGAUCUAGCAUUUUAUUUUGGUUUUAUUAUACCUGAAUGAGUAAGUAACUAUGGAAAUACAUAUCAAUAUUGAGCUUUUUGUGUACGUAAUGAGUUAGUUAAUUUUUAAUCUUCAUUUCAAAGUCAAAUUCAGUGUUUAUCUGCAAACUUGAACUUUACAGUACGAAAGCCAGGAUUUACCAUUUGUUGCAAUUUUGGUUUACCUUUUUUACCCAUUUAUUGAAAAAUAAAAGCAAAAAUGUC